GACAAUUUGAAAUACUAUGACAAUUUGAAAUACUAUGACAAUUUGAAAUACUGUGACAAUUUGAAAUACUUUGACAAUUUGAAAUACUUUGACAAUUUGAAACACUAUGACAAUUUGAAAUACUAUGACAAUUUGAAAUACUUUGACAAUUUGAAAUACUUUGACAAUUUGAAAUACUAUGACAAUUUGAAAUACUGUGACAAUUUGAAAUACUUUGACAAUUUGUAA